ACGAGAGAGAGAGAGAGAGAGAGACAACGGCUCGUGCGCAGCGCACGGCGCGACUAGGCGACGGCGACAGGCAGCCAGAAAGCAAAGCAGUUGGCAGGCUGCUCCUUACGCUACGCUUCACACCGUGUCGCAUCACAUCGCAUCGCCCGCUGACCUCUAGACGCAGUUUGACCUCCCUCGGAAAGUCCGACCCGGCGCUUCUAACUUAGUUCCCCAGCGCAACACAGGACCAUGGAGCGGCUGCCGGACGACGUGCUGCUGCUGACGAUGGAGUACCUCGGCCCGGAGGACCUGCUGACGUGCCGGCUCGUGUGCAAGAGGCUCGGGAGGCUAGCCCUUCAUCCUGGCGUGUGGAGCCUCCAGAGCUGGAACGCCAACUCCGUCGACGGCGACCGCAGGGCGUGCCGCGUGCUGCGCCUGGCGCCGCGGCUGGGCAAGCUCGUCGCCCGGGUGGGUCCUCACCUGUCACUUGCCAUGGCCCGCUGCGCCGUCAAGGAGCUCGAGCUGGUCGCCAACGAGUCCACCUCCGUGCAGGCCACCCUCCUGUUCCGCAACCAGGAGAAACUCGGCCGGCUGCGGCGGGUCGAGCUCUACUUCUACGGGGAGGCUCUGGGCGGCGCCCCCGUGCUGUUCGCGGCGCUGGUGUCGUCGCCGGUCCUCGAAAAGCUUGAGAUCCGCAAUGUCCCGUUCAACUUUGACGCGAAGGCCAUGCACUGCACAGUGCGCCAGCCGGCCCUCAAGCACUUCAAAUGCAGCGCGAAGGCGGGGUCUGUGCCCUUCGUCAACUUCGUGCUGACCGUCCACGCCACCACCCUGCAGGUGGUGGACCUCGGCCACGAGGCCUGCUGCCCGACCGCGACCUCGACGGUGGCCCUGCUCGCCGGCCUGCCCCACCUCCGCGAGCUGUCCUGCCCCCUGCUCCCGGACAUGGGGGCCCUGGCGGCGUCCGAGACCCUGGGGCUGUUGACUCUCCACGUGGCGGCCGCGAUGCGACCCGCCGCCCCCGCGGCCGCCAAGUACCUGCGACGCGCCCGCCACCUCCAGAACGUCACCCUGAGAUACAGGUCUGCGACUCGCUUCCCCGUCGAUGUGGGCGUCGACCUGGUCGAAGCGCUGGCGUGGUCGUGCCUCAACCGCGUGGAGACCCUGUGCAUCGAGCACGAGUACGACCCGGACGCCAAUCGGGCUGACGGCGAAGACGCCCGCCUGCCCGACCCGGGGCCGCUGAUCAGGUCGCUGCCGUCACUGACGGCCCUGCGCACGCUGCGCCUCGACGUGUUCGAGACCCCCGGGGCGCUGCUGCUGGCCGUCACGCCGGACGCGGCCCCGGCCCUGCGGGCCCUGUACCUGAACCCGUCGCCGCGGCGGAUGGCGGGGCUGCCGCCGUGCGCGCACGCCUGGCGGCACGAGGACGCGGUCCGGGCGUUCCUCUCGGCCAACCGCUCCGUCGGGCUCCACGUCGCCGCCACGCCCUACUGCUUCAAGGACGAGCGCUGCCCCGCGUGCGCCCUGGGCUGGCUAGCCUGCCACGGCGACCUGUGGCCCUCCUGGGAUUGGGAGCUCACGUCGGCGUCCAGCACCCUCAGCCACCGGAGAUGGGUGCAUGUCCGCUGAGAUGCUGCCCGUUCAUUUUGCAAGCUUCGCAUUGUGUAUUGAAGAGUGGUAAAUUUGUAUUCUUGUAAUUUUAAACUUUGUUUUAGAUGUUUUGUUGCAAAAGAACAGUAAUAAAAACUGCGUAAAAAUAA